AAUGAGUUUUGUUUUGAUAAACAUCUUCGUUUAUUUCCGUUACGUGUUCAGUUUGUUUCAAAUCGGUUCGUUUAGGUUUAAGACUAAAAUUAAAAAGAUUUUAACUGUUAAUUAACUAGUUAUGAUGUUAUACCGCAACCUUUUGAGCUCCAGAAGGAAGGUCAUUCCUUCGUUAUCACCCGUUAUUACUCGCAAUUUGAGCAACUUUCAAGAGCGAGAUGGCGUGGGCCACAUCUUGCUGGACAACGAAAAAACUCGCAACUCCCUCUCGUUGGAGAUGAUGGACAGCAUCCAGCAGAACAUCCUCGCCCACCAGGACAAUUCCGCGGUUCGAUGCUUUGUCCUGUCCGCGAAGGGACACGUCUUCUCCGCUGGUCACAAUCUGAAAGAGCUCACCCCCGAGAAGGGUUCGGAAUUUCACCGGCAGGUUUUCGCCAAGUGUUCCGAACUUAUCGGUGUCAUUCUAAAGGCUCCGGUGCCGGUGAUUGCCAGGGUUGACGGUUUGGCAGCUGCCGCAGGAUGUCAGCUGGUGGCGUCCUGCGACAUGGUCGUUUGCAGCGAAGAGAGUUCCUUUUCGACUCCGGGAGCGAGUUUCGGGAUUUUCUGCUCGACGCCGGGAAUUGCGGUGGCACGUGCGGUUCCUCGCUUGAAGGCAUCCUACAUGUUGUUUACCGGACUGCCAAUCAACGCCCAGGAAGCACUGCAGGCCGGUUUGGUGAGCCGGGUUGUUCCUCGGGAGGAGUUGGAUGCGGAGAUUGAACGCAUUUGUGGGGCCAUCAAGUCCAAGAGUCGAUCGGUGAUUGCCCUGGGGAAGCGAUUCUUCUACGAGCAACUCUCGAUGGACAUCGGAAGGGCGUAUCGCGAGGGAGAGCAGGUGAUGGCUAGCAAUUUGGCGACUGCCGACGGGCAAGAGGGCAUUCGGAGCUUUGUGGAAAAACGGAAGCCAACGUGGAAGCACCAGUAACGGAUUGAACGGGUGAUAUACAACUAGGCUGGUGGAAUCCUGUGGAAACUAGGUAAAAGGUAUGUAAUUUAAUUAUUACGAGGAAUUUGAUAUUUUCAGAAGUUCCUUUUUCAGAAAACAUGGUGCAACUCCAGCAGCUGAUUUUCCUAUUCAGCGUCCCGCGAAAAUGACUAUCAAAUAAGCGUGGCCGGAACUCUCCAUAAUGUGUUGUAAUUUUGAGUGAAAAAAGUUAAAUAAACCUCAUCGAAAAACCUAGCUUUUGUUUACCUAUAUUAGGAAGACAAAGAAGAAGAAGAAAAGCCUCCCCAGAUUUUUUUUAUUCUAAUAAAAAUGAUCUUUGAAUCAACAA